AUGGCAAGGACAAGACAGAAGCAGAAGCAAAGGCAGCCCAGGCUCGAGCUGUUGCCGGUUGAGCUGCAGCUUGCUAUCCUCGGAAACCUCGCAAGCUGCGAGGACCUGACAUCACUGACCAUCGCAUCCCGGUCCUAUCACGCGACAUACCUCAGACACAGGAAGCUCAUCCUUUCCGAGGUGACUCAAGCCACACUGGGCGACCUGUUUGUCGACGCCUGCAUGCUACACCACUGGGAACACAAUAUCAACAACUACACAGAAGACGAAGAUGACAUUGAAAGCUCUACGCUGCUUCAGUGGCAAAGCAAUCUCGGCAGCCAGCAACCCACAGAAACCGAAGUCGAGACCAGCGACGCCGUCGAUGCGCAGCCAUGGCCUGGAGGACCCUAUCGGCACAUCCAGCUCAAAUUCCUUUACGACUACGACAAGCUAGCCAUGGACGACACAGAAGAUCAAGUCAAAUACAUGCGGGGCCUCCUCACGGCGGAGGACUUCUCACGAAUCUUGUCGUUCCACGCCCAGGCGGUCCGACCGCUUACGACACUGUUCUCCGAAGCAUUCCCAGUUCGGCCAGACGACAUCAAAGAUAACGACAAGUGGAAUUACCUUUCCCAAGCCCGCAGCAUAACCCUCACCGAAAGGCAGCGAAUCAUGCACACGCUUUACCAGUUCCAGAUAUGCUGCCGACUUUACGCCCCGAGGGCGACCCCGGAGGACGAUGGAUUCGUCGACCUCGGACAGAACCACCGCCUGGCGAUGGCGAGAGACUUCUUCAGCCGCUACGACAUGGUGGAGAAUAACGAAUUUCAAAUUGUGUUUAGUGUGGUGGUCUGGGCGUUACGCGCUUUCUUCAGAAUGAGCGUGGACAACACCGAGUGGAAGAAGGUCUUGUGGCAGCGUUAUCAGCGGACCGGGAUGCCGGGGUGGACCCACUACCAUCCUACAACACUGGAGCCCGUCGGCAUGUCCGGGGUCACUGCCGGCGCCGCCUCGAUGGGACUGAGGCUGCUCAUGCGACUUACAUUAGUGACUCGGGCGGACGAGGCUGCUGCAGAGCUGGUGGCCAGCGACCCGCCUCAUCUGAGCAACUUUGUGUGGGAGGCAUUAAUGGGGAUGAGGGAUUUCUAUCAUUUCAAAGUCAAAUGGCCGGAGUCGUGGACGGACGAAUUCUGGGAAUAA